AUGCCGGAUUUGGUCUGCUCCCGUGCAAGUCUUUCCACCCCUAACAUCUCCACUGACUGCCCAAAUGCUGCUCUGCUGUGUGGGAUGAACAUCUCCCGCUUACUGGAGAACGCCACCGAGCAGGACGUGGAUGAAAAGUGCUUGAGCGAGGAGGAAUACAUGUCCAUGCAACUGGGGCCUCCGAGGUCCCCUGUGUUCCUUCCGGUCUGUAUCACCUACCUGACCAUCUUCAUGGUGGGUGUCCUGGGCAAUUCCCUCACCUGUGCGGUCAUCUUGCGCUACAAGGUGAUGCAGACCCCCACCAACUAUUAUCUUCUGAGCCUGGCUGUGUCCGACCUCCUGGUGCUGCUUCUGGGCAUGCCACAGGAACUCUACGAGAUGUGGCAGAACUAUCCGUUCCUGUUCGGCGAGGGCGGCUGCUACUUUAAAACCUUUCUGUUCGAGACAGUCUGUUUCGCCUCCAUCCUCAACGUCACAGCGCUCAGCGUGGAGCGCUACUUGGCCGUGGUCCACCCCCUCAAGGUCAAAUACAUGAUGACGUCGGCUCACGUCAAGAGGGUGGUCUUCACGCUGUGGUUGCUCUCCAUGCUGUGCUCCGUCCCCAACACCAGCCUGCACGGGAUCGUGGUGCUGCCGCCGAGGUUCGGACGAGACUUCCCUCGUUCUGCUAUCUGCCAAUUGGUCAAGCCCAAAUGGAUGUAUAACCUGAUCAUCCUGAUUUCCACACUGGUCUUCUUCAUCCUGCCCAUGCUUAUCAUCAGCAUCCUCUACCUUCUUAUCGGAUUGCACCUGUACAAGGAGAGGAUACUGACCAUGGUGGAGGACAGAUGCAGCUUUGGACCAGAAAGCCUCAGCAGAUCCCACAAGCACAAACUGAACAAACGCAACCUCCAAGUCACCAAAAUGUUGUGUGUGCUGGUGGUAGUUUUUGGCCUGUGCUGGGCUCCCUUCCAUGUGGACCGUCUGAUGUGGAGCCUGAUGGACACGUCGCUCGAGCAGCAUCUCCAGAUCUUUGAGCACAUCCACAUCGUUUCGGGCGUCUUCUUCUACCUGAGCGCUGCCAUCAACCCCAUCCUCUACAACCUCAUGUCCACACGCUUCAGAGAAAUGUUCAGACACAUCUCGUGCUACACCGACACCUCUUCGCUAUGCUCGAACAUCGAGAUGACUCUGCAUAGCAGCUUGAGUCAGAAAGCACAGAGAAGCACCAAAUGGACUCGAACCUCCAUGUUGAAGCAAAAUACAUUGAACAUGGAUGGCUGA